AUGGAUCGUGGCAUUUCGGCAGAAGAUGGCAGCAUUCGUUUGCCGGUUGACGAGCUUCGCAGGCUCAGCGAAACCUAUGGCUCUGCAACCAUUUUUGAGCCUCAGAGUGGUAUAGAAAAGAAAGACAGUAGCGUUGGAAAUUCUGUUUCUCCAACAUUACCAGCAGUACGCGCUCCGGAGAAGAAACUCACACUCUUUGCUCUCCGCCUAGGAAUUUUCGAGAAGGCAGCUACUGGCCUGGGAACCCUCGGGUUUAUCUGGGCAACAGUUGUUCUUCUCGGAGGAUUUGCAAUUGCUUUGGAUAAAACGGAUUUCUGGUUUAUCACCAUUAUUUUGUUGAUUGAAGGGACUCGAAUAUUCAGCAGGUGCCAUGAGCUUGAAUGGCAACACCAAGCCACCUGGUCAAUUGCCGAUGCUGGGAUUAACAGUUUCCGGGCCUUGAGAUCCAGCUCCCACUUCAUUAUUGAAGCCGCGAAAGCACUUUUUAGGCCGAUAACAAGAGUUCGAAAGCAGAGUCCACAUACCAGAGAAAUAAGUGAGAAUCCUGAUGCAGCAAACUCUAGCAACUGGGGUGGCCAGAGGAAGCUAACGCGGACAUGGACAAGUUCAGAUGUUCCUAUUCUACCAUAUGCUCAAUGGGUAUUUCUUUCAAGAAAUGUCAGCAAGCUUCUCUACUGGCUCCAGCUUGCAUCUGCAUCAGCCUGUGUGGUUUUAUCAUUGAUGAAACUCGUCAAACAUAACUAUGGUGAGAUUGAGAAAGGGGAUACUGACAAGAGGAACCUACAUUCUGCCCUGACUAUUUUCUAUUCUUUGGCUUUGGCAGAAGCUCUGUUGUUUCUGAUGGAGAAAGCUUACUGGGAGUGGAAGGUAAGCUACUGUAAACUGUUGGAAGAGGUGACCAAAGAGUGUGAUUUGGGGAUUUCAGGCAUAGUUUCGAUCAGAAGGUUCUUCUACGACGCCUACUCUAGGUGUGUUGAGGGAAGCAUCUUUGAUGGCCUGAAAAUGGACAUGGUUACUUUUGCUAUGGAUCUAUUGGCUUCCAAUUCCCCCGAUGAGCAGCUCAUUGGAGCUAGAAUCCUUCGUCAAUUUGCGAAGAAUCCUCGGUUUUCUGAGGAUACGCUCCAAAAGAUUGGGACAAAUAUAGCAGUGAUAGAACGAUUAGUGGAGAUAUUGAACUGGAAAAACCCACAGGAAGAAGGGAUCAGGAGGUCGGCUGCAGAGAUACUAUCAAAACUAGCAGGCAAAAAGCAGAACUCCUUACGGGUUGCCGGAAUACCUGGCGCAUUGGAGUCAAUCUCAACUCUUCUCCAAACUAAUAGAGGCUGCAGUACCACAGCUGACGAGAUCGGUGAAAAGGCAAUCAUCUGUGAUCAAGAACAUUAUGGAUUCUGGACAUUUAAUCAUUUAGGACUGCUUAUCCUGAAGAAGCUUGCUCGUGACCAUGAUAACUGUGGGAAGAUUGGAAACACAAGGGGGCUCCUACCGAAAAUCAUUGAUUUUGCACAUGCAGAAGAGAGGUUGUUGAGAGAUGAAAAUGUUACACCAUCUCAGAUUUUGACGGUGAAACGUUCUCUCCAACUGCUGAAGAUGCUGGCAAGCACAACUGGCACCGCAGGUAAUUAUCUUCGAAGAGAAAUGUCAGAGAUAGUUUUCACCAUCAGCAACAUCAGAGAUAUUCUACGGCAUGGAGAAAAACAACCGAUGCUACAAAAACUCAGCAUAGAGAUAUUAACCUGUUUAGCACUAGAAGAGGAUGCAACGGAGAGGAUUGGGGGCACAGGUGGAGUUCUUAAGGAGUUAUUCAACAUUUUCUUCAGCCAAAGAAUCCCUGAAAAUCAGAAUCAUGUAAGAACAGCUGCAGGAGAAGCUCUAGCAAUGCUGGCCUUAGAAAGCAAAAGGAAUUGUCUUCGCAUUUUGAAAUUACAAGUACUGGACAGGCUUGUUGGAGCACUCGAGAUCCCAUUGCUUCGGGUGAAUGCUGCUAGAAUUCUACGAAACUUGUGCACCUACAGCGGAGCAGAUUGCUUCGACCAUUUGAAGGGAAUUGUAGCUGCUGUACCCACGGUGCUGAAGGCAGUAAUGUCAGAAGAGAAGAAACUACAAGAAGUAAUGGUUGGACUAGCGGCCGAAGCUUUCAAAUUCAUGACUUCUCAAGAAUUUAACAUCAUGUUCGAAAGAGCUGGAAUAAAAGAGGGUGAACUAGCUAACAAAGUAGUCCAGAUUCUCAGAAAGUACGAAAAUCCAUCGGUCAAGGUUCCAAGAAUAAGAAGGUUUUCCAUAGAGUUGGCGAUUUGGAUGAUGCGAAACAACGCAGCGAAUGCACAUAAUUUCAAGGAGCUGGGGUUGGAGAAGGAAUUGGAGUCGGUUUUAGAAUCCACGAAUGAAAUCGAAAGCUUCAACAUAUUCUCUGGCACUUUUGGGCUGAGCCGCCACAGCACAACUAUUCACUCACUGGUUGAAACUGCACUGCAGUUGAUGGAGGAUAGGUAA